AUGUUUUCCAGACAGAGGGUUUCCCGAGGUCCUGAACAACCUACGAGUUCUAACGCCCUGGCAGCUGCUUCGGCGAUUGGGAGGGCAUUAGAUUCUAAUGGAAAGACCGUUGAUAGAACCAGGCUACCAGAAUAUAAUGGAGCUCCUGUAAGUAGUCGUCCCUCUUCCGUUGUGGUAUCAAGGAGGAACUCCAUGAUGUCGAACAUGUCCUCGGGCAGCAGGAAAGGAAGCUUAACCAGGGGUUCAACUCCCAGUAUAGAAGAUAUUAGAAAAAGGACGUCAGUAGGUAGCUAUAUUGGAGCAAAGAAUGGUUCAGGUCGCUCAUAUAGCUUUCAAUAUUCGCGGGGCCCUUCAAGCAGAAAUAACUCGCUAACGAACAGGGCACAAAAUCAGUCUGCUGAUCCUAAAGCUACAUUCCAAGAAUUUGGGGGUCAGCAAGCUGUUGGUAUCAUACAUAAGCCGCUAAGUGAUGGCCCUAAGAUGAUAAAGAAAUAUAUUCCGACAUCUCACGGCCUGGUUGCCGUAGACGUCCCCAUUGAAGAAAUUGAGCAUCAGCAAAGAAAAGCAUCUUCAUUGAGACGUUCCUCAUCUACUAACUCGUUGUCUCUUUCCCGCAACAGUUCAUUGGUGAGAAGAAGUGCUCCUCAGCCACAUCAGCCUAAUAGGAGACACUCAUCUUUGACCAGUCACUCAGGCACAUCCUCUAAAUCACGGCAGGCAACCGACCGCUCUCUGAUCCAGACAUACGUCGAGGAAGAAACCGAGCAAGAAUUAAGCCAAGAUGUUGUAAGACCGAUGCGUAUUCCGCAAGACAAACUAAGCGAAAAGAUUACCAAAGUCUUUGGAGCAGCGCCUGACGGCAAGAGAGAAGAAAGAGAGCCUACUACAGAGACCGAAAAAGAGCCUGCGCAGGUUGCGCCUGUUACUCAUGCAGACGUAUCAACGAAGGUCGAAAACACCACCCCAAACCCUGCAGAGGAAAUUGCCGGAAAUGAAGGAGGCACUAAGAAUGAAGAAGGUACCAAGAGUGAAGAAAAAACUCAAAACCCAACGAUUUCAGUUGAAGAAAAGACUGAGGUAAUAAUACAUACAGAUGAGCCGGCGCUCGUGAAGCAGAUGACCAGUAGUAAGGAUGAAGGUUCUGAUGAUGAAAUGGUCGAUGCAUCUGAUAUCGUGGAAUCAGAAGUUACUAAAACACCAACAAAAUCGACAGAUUUGCCUGCGCCCUCUCUUGCACAACAUCUUCGUGCAGUGAAUCCAUAUUUAAACCAACGUGAUACGGAUGAUACGCAGGAGUUGAGUACAGAUGAUAAUAAAAACCUCUUUAAAGUUCCUUCGCCGAUGAAGUCUGCGCUCAAAAAGACAAACACACAAUCAAGUGAAUCCUCUUCCAUGUAUUCGGCGAAAUCUCCAGCUAAUCAAGCAUACUUGUCGUUGACGACCGCAGAGAACACGAGACUAAACGCUCAGCUGUCAAGUUCUGAGACUUCGGUGCACAGACAAAACUCCAAGCAUUUAAGCAGGCCACAAUCGAUGGCAAAUCCCAGAUCGGCCUCGCCAUCGCCACGGGAAAAGGCCAGAACUAAGCGUUUGUCGAAUGCGCCCAAACAACCCCCCGCUAGCAAGAGUGCUCAGGUCAAGUCACCUGAACAGACGCCGGCCGUUGCUGCCGCUCGGACUUCCAACAUGGUCAAUAGGUCAAGGCAAGACUCUGUCAAAAGAAAGGCACAGGAGCAAGUCAAGACAAUAGUGCAAGCAAAUUCGGGAUCAAAGCAACUUCCUGAUAGCAUUCUUUAUCCGAAGGAACCGCCUCAGAAGAGGUCUAGUUUUGAAAAGACCAGAAAUCAGGAUUCAGGCCUAGGUUUCAAGAAACUCUCUUUAAGAGACGAACUAGCGAGGGAAACACCACCCGAUACGAGUAAUAUUCGUCAACAUUCUUCUCAUGACUCAAGCCAUAAUUUCCUACAGAACAGUGGGUGGAAGUCAAGGUUUCACGACUCAGACUCAGAGGAAGAAAACGCUCCUUUUAGUACCGGUACAAGUCGAUCAACGCAACCCACGAGUGUUGGUACCAACGGGGACACUGCCGGAGGAAGUUUCGCACUAUUUAAAGGUAAGAGCAAGCCACAUACUGUGACCAAUUUGGCACCACCUCAACCGGCUUUCGUGGAGCAAGAGGCAGUAUCUGCAAAUUCUACUCCAAGCAAGGUGAACAAAAAAUGGAGUAAAUUAUCUCUGCGGUCCUCGAGCACCAGUGAUACCCCCAGAGCUGAGACUGGGCAGACUUCUACGCCCGAGAAGAGGUACCAUAGCAAUUCCAAACUGGAAGGCUUCAGUUACGACACCAUGAGAGCCGCUGAGCCACAGGAGGCUGACCCGGGGAAGAAGAAGAAUAAGUUUGGGAAGAAACUAAAGAAAUUGUUUGGAAGAAGUUAA